AUGUCGUUGAGCGGAGCGAGUGCGAGCGCGGCGGCCAAGCAGCGGCACCAGGAGCAGCGGCGAGCUGACACGAGCGCGCUCGCUGAUGCGGCGAGGGGGCAGAGGCAGAUGCCCGAGCUGCCGCCGUACGUGCCAGAAUUUGACCUCGCGUUCAUGUCUCAGAUGCUGGGCGUUGGAGCCGUCCGGUCGGAGCCAGAAGACCCAGCCACUGGCGACGACGAGACGAUCAUGCAGGAGGCCGCCGUCGACGUUGCCCUCCAGCUUUUGACGGAUGGCGAGGGGCUGCAGGCGCUGCUCGCAUCUGAUGAACCGAGCGCAGAUAGGGUUGCGCUGGAGGGUGCCGACAACGCGCUUGCAAACUCGCGUGCGAGGGUGGAUCAGCUUUACGAACUGGUCAGGGCGAGCGAGGGAGGAGCGGCGGUGCGCCGCAUGGGUGACAUCGUCAGAUCCGUGUUGACAUCGUCAGAUCGUGAGACGCGGGGUACCAUCCAACUCCGGUCGACGGGCUCGAAUGCGCUCAGCCUCAGGAGGGACAAAACCGCGCGAAUUCUGCACGCCUCGCUGCACCGCUGGCUUGACUGA